CCGGCCCCCACUGCCGCAGGGCUCGAGGCCUCGGGCUUUCGGCGGAGCUCGGUCACCGCGGCGCCGGGGCUCGGCGAGCGGAGGAGCCCGGGAGGAGAGGCCGAGGCUCAGGAGUAUUGUCGGCUCAUUGAGAAAAUGUCGGGCGUGAAAAGAAAAGUCGAGGAUAAGGACCCAGACUAUGAGGAUAUCUCAGUCUGUCGUCAGGAAAAGCGCCACAAAGCAGUUGAACAUUCAGCGUCUGAAUGAAGCCAGAAGAAUGAUGGACAAACUUCGUGCCUGCAUUGUGGCCAAUUACUAUGCGUCGGCUGUGCAAUCCAAGAUGACUGAGGGCCCAAAGCCGUAUGAUCCUACUGUCUUCAAUCAUCCAGUCAUCAAGAAAUUUUUAGAAUCUCCUUCCCGGUCAUCCUCUCCAGGCAAUCAACGAUCUGAAACUCCAUCAGCCAACCAGUCAGAAACAGAUUCAGUCAGUCACCAGGCGGACACCUUUCUGGACAAAGAGAAUGAUCAGGAACAGCUCACUGCAGCAAGCGAGGACAUUCAAACGUAUAGGUCCGAGAAAAGAGCAGGGAGGAACACUGGCCAGGAUACCUUUGGAGUCCCAACCCCACAGGAGAUAGAACAAAGAUGUACCUACCUCACCACCAGUGAAGAUCCAUCACGCCUUUACAUCAAGAAGACAAUUGUUGUUGGCAACGUUUCAAAGUAUAUUCCCCCAGACAAGAGGGAGGAGAAUGAUCAGUCCACCCAUAAGUGGAUGGUUUAUGUGCGAGGUUCACGGAAAGAACCGACAAUUGAUCAUUUUGUGAAGAAGGUCUGGUUCUUUCUACAUCCCAGCUAUAAGCCAAAUGACCUGGUGGAAGUCAGUGAACCACCGUUUCACUUGACCAGACGAGGCUGGGGUGAAUUCCCUGUACGUAUUCAGAUUCACUUCAGGGACCUGCGCAACAAGAGAAUAGACAUCAUUCACCAACUGAAGCUGGAUAGAACAUACACUGGCUUGCAGACUCUUGGUGCAGAAACGGUGGUUGACGUUGAACUGCACCGUGACUCUCUUGGUGAGGACUACCUUCCCACAGCUCUGGCUCCUUCUGGCUCCUCUACAGUACUUCUUUCUUCAUCCUCCUCUUGCUCCUCCUCUUCCAGCAGGACACCUCAAUCUGUCACCCCUGUUCAACCUGCAAUGUCCUCCACUCCCCCAAUGACAUCAGCAGGAGCAGUGCACGUGUCUCUAGCAACUUUGAGUUCUGCUGCUGGGAAGCAGUCUCAUGACUCUCUGGGAUUUACUUCAGAAAAAGUUAAGUUGGAAAUCCCUGUUAAAAGUGAAAUGGGUCCUAGCAGUCACUCAGGACAGUCUUCCCUGGAGCGCACACCAACCAGACCAGUGGCCACUCAGAAGGUCACGUUUGGAACUCAUGGAAACUCAGCGUUCCAACCGAUCACUGCCAGUUGCAAGAUUGUCCCUCAGGGGCAGCUUCCCAGCCCUUCUGAUUCUCCAGGGAAGUCCUUCCAGCCCAUCACCAUGAGCUGCAAAAUUGUGUCAGGAUCACCAAUCUCAACUCCGAGUCACUCUCCUUUGCCACGUACCCCAACGUCUACUCCUGUCCACAUGAAGCAAGGAUCAUCCGUCUCCGUCAUGAGUAAUCCCUACAUUAUAGUGGACAAACCUGGACAGGUGAUUGGAGUAUCAACAUCAAACACUGCAGGGAGCCCCACGGCAAAGCAGACAGGCAUUUCACAAGGGGCCCGUUCACCCAUCCCCAAAAUACACGGCAGUAGCUUCAUUGCAACAACUGUGAAGCAGGAAGAUGCACUCUUUGCAGCUAUGCCCCCGUUGUGCCCCAUUGGAAGCCAUUCCAAGGUUCAGAGCCCCAAACCUGUGACGGGGGGUCUCGGAGGAUUCACCAAGCAUGGUCCUGCACUAUGAGAUGGCACGAUAACAAGUCAUUCUUGCAUACAAGCCUCAAGCUGCGCAGUUAUACAGCUACUCCAAGGGGUCAUACUUGCUGAGUGGCAUGCUGACGUCGUCCUUGGCAUUGACAAGCAAGUUUCUGCCGCGCACGGAUCUUGGGAGUUCUGUGUAGAAUUCAGCCAUAGAAAAAUUUAGCGUUCGGAGUGGAGUUAAUAGCUGUAAGGCGAGAC